CCAGUCUUUGGUGUUUUGAGGUUAGUAUAACAGUAAAAUGAGCAUACAGAAUAAUUCAUUUCAUCUGUGUUUGAGAUAUAAACUUUUUUCACUACCACUUCAAAACUAUCAUUAUGCACAUGUAGAUUUUCCUCAAGGUUCAAUACCACCAUUGACCUUCAGGCCUCCUCAAAUGGCCUGACCUUUACUACUCAACAUAGACGCUUCUUUCACUCCCAGGCCCAGCACAACAAGGACACAGCACUCCUCAUUUCGUAGGCAGUGCCCUUUCAUUUCCCCUGUCCUUCACUCUUUUUUUUCUGUGCACCUCCCUUCAUUUGUUUUUGGUGUCAGUGUUAAUUUUAAUGCGUCUGUCUCCAGUCACACCAUGGCUGCAAAAACUAUUUAGACACUUAACACUUGUUGAACAAUUGUUUUUGCAUUGGAUUAAAAAAAAAUCAAAUCGGUCAGCAUUUGCUUACAAUCACUUUUCAAGAAAAAAAAAGUACAAAAAUGUGUUGGUUUAAUAUAGUAGAGAUAUAUAAUAGAUUUACUGUUAGCAUUUAUAAAUGUUUUACAUUUAUUAAAUACAAUGCACAUCGAUGCAAAGAAAUUCAUAUAAUUUUUUACACGUUAUUUAAGUGUCCAAAUACUUUCCGCAAGCCACUGUAUAAUCAACACUGAAGUCCAAACUCAUUCAAUGGAAAACAUUUACUCAUCCAACUUUCCUUUCUAACCCAUUCCACCAUUUCAGCCAAUGCCAAUUAACUAACCUCUGCCAAAGUAAAUCAUUUUCUAUUUGAUGUCAGUUGUCCUCUUGGAAAGCUAUUUUGGAUGGUGAUGAGGCUGCACAAAUAUUUCUGCUAUGUCCCAUCUUGGUGCAAGUGACUCCCUUAUUGUGAUCUUUUUGCUCUCAGUAUGUCCACAGGAAGCCUUCAAGAUAAUCACACACAAACACGCACAUACUGCACACAAUGGACCAGGGAGCACCUCCAAAGGACAUCGCUAUAGACAUAGAGAUAACUGAGGAGGAGGAGGAGGAGGUGUCUUCACUCUUGGAUCAGCGUGAAAUUAAUCCUAAUGAUGCUCCUGAUGUUACAGAAGCACAAACAGAAGGACAGGAUUCAUUGGCUGCUCACAGUAACACAAAGGCUCUCAUCAAGGACAGGGACCCAAAGGGAAUCAACAAGUAUCUUGAGGUGACCUUUGAAGAUGUGAUAGCGGAGCCUGCAUCAGUGAACAGCUUUGAUAAGGUGUGGCUGUGGAGUCAUGCUCUGUUUGAGGUGUCCAGACUCUGGUUUUACCGCAUAAUUUCCCUGCUGCUCGCGGUGCCGGUGGCUUUGGUUGCAGGUGUUCUCUUUGCUGUCCUCAGCUGUCUACAUAUUUGGCUGAUAGUUCCCAGUGUGCAGCUCUUGGUCAUAAACCUGCACUGGAUAAAGAUGAUCUGGCAUAAUGUGCUGAACACUGCAAUCUCCCCUUUCUUCAGAAGCUUUGGGAAGUGCUGGGGAUUCAUCAGAAUUAGUUUGGAAAAAUAUUAACCACAUUACAGAACUAAAGAAUCAGCUUUUAAAGGCAAAGGAUUCCAGAAAUAAAUGGUAUAAAUACAUAUACAUGAUUUACAUGUAUGUCUCUUCAGUUUCAUGUAAUGUUGGACAUGCAAAUGCAAUUGACUUUUUCUUUUUAUUAAUUGUAGAGGUUUUUUCAAACCAGUAAGACAAAGUUCAUUUUUUGUAACAUUUUUCAGCUUCAUGCAAUUAUUUUAAUGUUUCUUUUUUUUUCUUUUUUUUUUUAGAAUUGUACAGUGAGUUACCUGUAAAAAGAAGAAGGGGCCGGAGAUUUUAGAAGAAUAGAGAUAAUAAUAAUAAUAAUACACAAUUCUAACAUUUUCAGUACUUGAUACUGAUUACUUGCCUAAAAAUUAAUUAUUUUGGUGAUUAGAUGCAUUAAUUCCAUAAUAUUAAUAUAAUAAUACAAACUUUUACAAUAUACUGAUGUAUAAUUAUUAAUUAUGUUUAUAAAUAUAAUUAUAUAAUACUGAUUUAUAAUUAUUCAUAAUUUAUUUGCUUGAUGAUACUGAUUACUUGCCAUAUAGUUGCUAAUAAUUAAUUAUGUUGGUGAUUAGAUGCAUUAAUUUAAGAACUAAUUUUACAGUGAUCAUCAUGCCUGUGAAUAUUAGAAUAUUCAACCACUGUAAAUUGUGCACAUAAUGUAUUUUUGUUGUUGUAAACGCUUUAAUUAGACAAGUGGCUAUAGGCUCAAAAUAAAGGAAGUGUGCACAGCAAGACUAAAAGAUGGACCAUGUAGUUGUACAUCAUGCAAACAUACACAUGUAUUCGCAACAAAUUCUGACUGGGGGUGAAAACAGGAUAAAAGUUAUUGUGAGAGUAUGUGCUCUGAUUGACAGUUACAUGACUAAAAGGUGACUGUAAAUUUCUGUGGUAGCCUUUUUAAACAGAUACACAAUCAGUCUCCAAAAGGCACAUUUGCAUACCAAUGAUGCUUGCAUGAUCAUCCCAUCUACUUUCUUUGUCAGCUUUUUAAUAGUAGUCAUCAUUUGUACCAUAGUUUAUGAGAUAUUAUGUAUAAAGCCGAGCUGAUGCAAAUCCUUGGUUCACACUUGGGACACCAAAAUUGCUGGAAGAGCUGAUGAGCAUCAACAAUUUUUUUUUUUUUUUUUUACAAAAUAAAAACAAUACAUCUCUUUAGGCAAAAGCUGCUCAUGGGAGUUAUCUCAUCCUCUUUCUUUCUCAUGCAUGUUUCAUCUAGAAAAUCACUUGU